GCUUUGCUUAUUAUAUAAAUGAACAGGCAACCGGUUGAUGCUUCUCCCAGUAGUCAUUUACUCCCACACCGCUCUCUCUCCCCUCUCUCUCUCCCCAUCCACCUUGUUUGCUUCAGCCAGUCAGCGAUAUCCUCAAGGGAAGCCCUGCCGUCCUCAUACUGAAAUACCUGUGAUACCCAACCUUCGGUCUCGGAUAUUCCUCCAAAGACCAGCCCGUAGUCAACAUGAAGUCUGCCAUAUUCUCCCUGGCUCUCGCCACCAACCUCGCCGCUGCCAACCCCAUCGAGGCUCGUCAAGCCCCGGACGCACCUGCCUUCACCCAGGCUGCCGACGCUCUCAUCUCGGCCUACAUCCCGGAGGGCCAGUGGAGCUCCUUGACCUCGGCCUUCGGUUCCGCCGCCAGCGCGGCCGGCGUCACUGGGGACGUCAAGUCCUACGUCUUCUCUGUCCUCAAGGCCACCAGCACCCCGAACUGGUUCCUCGCCGCCAUCCCCACUGCCUACGUCAGUCAGUACGCCGCAUUGGAGUCUGCCAUUGAGAGCCUCCGCCCUACUGCCGCCGCUGCUACUCCCGUACCCACCGUCAUCGCCGUCACCACCACCGACAGCGAGGGCAACACCAUCACCACCAGCCUCUCUGCUACCAUCACGCCCGUCCCGACCACCAUCACUACUGACCUGGUGCCCACGCUUUCCCCCAGUGUUGUUACCGGCACCGACGCCGCCGGCAGUGCCUUCACCUCGACUGUUCUGAACACCAGCAAUGAGGGUGACACCACCGCCACCGCGACUGCUACCGAGACUGCUACCACCGAGACAGAGACCGCGACCGGCACCGCUUCCGCGACUGAGUCUCCUGAGCCUACUGGCACUGACGCCUCCGGCACCGCCCCUGCAUCCACUGAUGCCCCCAACGCUGCGCCGACUGUCAUGGUCAACGCCUUUGCCGGGUUUGCCGCCAUCGUCGGUUUGGUCAUGACCCUCUAAGGGACCUGACGAUUAGCAGGGGUGGUACUCCUUACCCAGCGUCAAAGUUUGGAAUAAUGAGGAAAUGGUAUGCUUCUUGUAGAUAAUGACUGCUUGGAUUGACAUCAGCCCUUCGAUCAGUAUACGAGGCCCUAUUGUCGCAGUUGCGAAGCGACUGUCUGCCAUGGGUUACAAUGUAAUAAUGACUAAUAAUGUGAGGCAACUACAUCUCCGGGUAAAAGACGCACGCUCCUGUUCCAAUACGAUGUGGGCAAACUUAUCCCAACA